GAAAUGAAGAACCAAUCAAUGGAAAUACAAUUCAUUCUCCUAGGAUUGACAGAUGACCCACAUUUGCAAAUCGUGAUUUUCCUUUUUCUAUUUCUCAACUACACUUUGAGCCUGUUGGGAAACAUAAUCAUUAUUCUCCUUACCCUGCUGGAUUCCCGCCUCAGGACACCAAUGUAUUUCUUUCUCCGAAAUUUCUCCUUUUUGGAAAUUAUAUUCACAACAGUGUGUAUUCCUAGGUUCUUGACAACUAUUGUGACUAAAGACAAAACCAUUUCUUACAAUAAUUGUGCAGCUCAACUGUUUUUUAUCCUUUUACUUGGUGUUACUGAGUUUUACCUCCUGGCUGCCAUGUCCUAUGACCGCUAUGUCGCCAUCUGCAAACCACUGCAUUACCCAAUCAUUAUGAACAGCAAAGUGUGCUAUCAACUUGUACUCAGCUCAUGGGCAACUGGAUUUCUAAUCAUCUUCCCCCCAUUAGUCAUGGGACUCAAGCUGGAUUUCUGUGCUUCCAGAAUAAUUGAUCACUUUAUGUGUGAAACAUCCCCUAUCUUGCAGAUCUCUUGCACAGAUACACGUGUCCUAGAAUUGAUGUCUUUUGUUUUAGCUGUGGUGACACUUGUGGUCACAUUGGUAUUAGUGAUUCUCUCUUACACUUACAUCAUUAAAACCAUUCUGAAAUUCCCAUCUGCCCAGCAAAGAACCAAAGCUUUUUCCACCUGUACUUCUCACAUGAUUGUUGUUUCCAUUACUUAUGGUAGCUGUAUAUUUAUGUAUAUUAAACCAUCAGCAAAAGAAAGGGUGACUGUAUCCAAAGGUGUAGCUUUACUGUAUACCUCAAUUGCCCCUUUACUAAAUCCCUUUAUUUAUACUCUAAGGAACCAGCAGGUGAAAGAAGUCUUCCAGGAUGUAUUACAAAGGAUUUCACAUUUUUCAAAAAAAGCAUUUUAA